UUCCUCUGCUUUUAAACAUACGCUUUUCUCUCUCUAUUUCUUUCUCUGGUAGAGUAACGGUACCGAAUCAUAGCUGAGUUCUAGGCUCACAAUAAGAAGCAAAACCCUAGCUCUAGCUUCUUCUGAACAUUCAGUUUCAGAUCAGAACCAGUUGAGAAGAAGAAGAAGAAGAAAACAGACAGACUAAGAUACGCAUUGAGAAACCGAAGAUGGGAUCUGGGGCUGGAAGUUUCCUCAAAGUGAUUCUCAAAAACUUCGAUGUUCUUGCUGGGCCUGUCGUUAGUCUUGUUUAUCCUCUAUAUGCCUCAGUCAGGGCAAUUGAGACCAAAUCCCCUAUUGAUGAUCAACAAUGGCUUACUUAUUGGGUUCUUUAUUCCAUGAUUACCCUAAUUGAGCUCACCUUUGCCAAAGUUAUUGAAUGGAUCCCCAUCUGGUCAUAUGCUAAGCUUAUUGUCACCUGUUGGUUGGUUAUACCCUACUUCAGUGGUGCAGCAUAUGUUUAUGAACAUUUUGUGAGACCUUUCUUUGUCAACCCUCACAGUAUUAACAUCUGGUAUGUCCCAAGGAAGAAGGACGUCUUCAGUAAACCGGACGAUAUUUUAACUGCGGCCGAGAAAUACAUUGAAGAGAAUGGACCUGAUGCAUUUGAAAAGAUCAUUCACCGGGCUGACAAGUCCCGAUGGAAUGAUAAUCACGCAAUCUUUAGCUAGGACUAUGGAUGUCGAGCCAAUAUCCUGGGGGAGAAGAAAGGAAGUGCAGUGUUUAUAAGUAAAUAUGAUCCUUCUAAGGCAUUUUGUCUGAUCACAUCUUCUGUUUUCGAAGGCUGCUUCAUGUUCUUACUUUAUUUUGUGUAAUUAUCAUGUUUUGCCUUGUUUUGACAAAUUUUAAUAUAUAUGUACAAAACUUUCUUGUGCUUCAUAGUAGAAUCACAAGGUUACUUUAACCCUUUAUUUGCCUACUUGUUCUUUCUUCCCCUCAAGAACGACAAAUGGUUUCACAAUCUAGUUCAUUUUUUUGGGUUUUCGUACAAGGAAAUCCAUCUUGUACGGGAUAGACUUUUUAAUUAGUUACUUGUUUUUAGUUAUUUAGUUAAGCUAAUUGUCUCUUA